AUGUUGCGGCCCCAGCCCACCCGCAUCGAGGUCCGCAGCUCCGAACGCGACGAGAUCGAGGAGCACAUCCGCUCCAAAGCCGCCGCCGCCGCCGAAUCCUCGGCCCUCUCGACCCCGCCGACGUCCAACCCCAUCGCCAACCCGCUCCUCCGCAUCCUCCACCCGCACGCCGACGCCGCGCCCACCAAGACCCAUCCCCAACCCCAUUCCCAUGGAGGUCGAGGUAAAGCUUCGCCUCCCCGACGCGGCCGCGCAUCGCCGCCUCUCCGCCUACCUCGCGCCCCGCCUCCUUCGCACCGACGCCCAGCGCAACGCCUUCUUCGACGCCCCGGCCCGACCCCUCUGUGGGAAUCGCAGGUUGUUGUUCUGCGCGGGGCUAAUCGGGGGACUGUUUCAUCGUGCGUGUUUUGGGCAGGGAGGAGCAGGGCCUCGAGGUACGAUGCGGGAGUGCCUCCGAGCAGGGAAGGGAGGGGUGGGGCCUGGAAGCGCGAUGAUCCGGAGGCUCCACCUCGACAAACAGGGAUGACUGGAGUUCCAAAGCUUAAUCCCAAAUUCUCCACCAAAAGAGCAGGGACAAGUAAGGUUCCAAUUGUUAAUUUCGAGGUUUCUCAUCACAGAGCAGGUAAAAUGUUGAUGUUAUGAUUUUUUAUUUUGCUGAUCAUAUUUGCCUUACUUGUAUGAAUCUCUGGCGAUG